UCACCGGAAAUGACGCACGGCGGCCUCUUCUCGCUCAGCAGCUGUUAGCUGGCCGCUAGACGGACUGUCGAGAAAUCGACAAACCCCGUCAAAACUAGCAUAUCCGGAUCGCGCGCUUUUAUUUUGGCACCGGAGCGCUUUUGUCACCCGCCACCAUGCCCAUGUACAAGGUAAAGCCCGUCAGUCCCGGUGACAUAAAGAUUGAUUUGCCAACGUGCAUGUACGAGUUACCAAAUAUCCACGCGCAGGGAAUGAACUGCGGGGAGCACGCGCUUCAGAACGGGGAGGUGGAUCCUGCUCUGCAGGCGCUGGAGGACAGGCAGGAUGAGGUCCUGAGACGUCUGCAGGAGCUGAAGGCCACGGUGGACGGGCUGGCCAAGACGGUGACCACCCCCGACGCCGACCUGGACGCCAGCACGCUGUCGAGCGCACCUGCUCAGCCUGCGUUCAGAGGAACGGCCCAUCUAGACUCCUUACUGGGCAAGGACCUGGGCGCGCUGAGAGACGUCGUGAUCAACGCCAACCCUGCCCAUCCUCCUCUGUCCCUGCUGGUCCUCCACGGCCUGCUGUGCCAGCGCUACCAGGUGCUCUCCAGCGUGCACGUGCACUCGUCCGUGAGCGCCGUGCCUCCCCCGCUGCUGUCCUGCCUGGGCCCGCGGCACAGAGACAGCUACGCCCGCCAGCGCUUCCAGCUCGGCUUCACUCUCAUCUGGAAAGACGUGGCGAAGCUGCAGAUGAAGUUCAACACGCAGAGCAUGUGCCCGAUCGAGGGCGAGGCCAACGUCGCCCGCUUCCUCUUCCGUCUUCUGGGGGCCGCACCCCAGGACCCGGUCGCCGCCACGCAGAUGGACGGCUGGAUCGACAUGGCGGUUUUCCAGCUGGCCGAGGGGGGCAGUAAAGAGCGGGCGGCCGUGCUGAGGUCGCUGAACUCCGCUUUGGGACGCUCGCCGUGGCUCGUGGGUCAGGAGCUGUCCCUCGCUGAUAUCGUGUGCGCCUGCUGCGUCCUGCGGGCCGGCCCGGCCGCCUCCGCCCCGGCUAACGUGCAGCACUGGCUCAAGUCCUGCCAGAACCUGGGCCACUUCGACUGCGUGUACCCGUUACUGCAGUAAAGUACAUCACGGCAAAAGGGGAAACGCAACACGACGUCGCCAAAGAAAUGUCAAACGUUUACGUCCCAGCGUCCAGCGUUCGCUGAGCUCAGGUCUGCGUGUAAGUGAUGUCACCGGUGAUGUGGUGUUGAUGUUUGAGCUGGAGGCGGUCUGAAACCGAUCCCAGGCCGGGGACCUAGACGCGAACGCUCAAGAGAGGGCGUUUGGGAUAAUGAUACUGUAAACGCGACUCCCUCCCGCCUCGUGCCUAAUAAAACGUACUAGAAGAUGUGUGUUGCUGUGACAUAAUCUAUGGGGUGUUAAAUGAAGCGCUUGAAAUGUGAACCCAAGGACCUACUGGUAUGAGAGGUGAUACUUUGUAGCGUCUUUUUCUUAAAACCUAUUAAACAUUUUCACUUCGGGUUA